UAGGGGCGGAAAAUAUCGGUCUAUUCUCUUUAGUGUUUGCCCUGUCUACACUCACCCUCUCUACCUCUUCCCGUAUUUUCAUACUAAACCAGUCCAGAACCCCUUAAAACGGGACGAAACCGAACAGACACUACACGUGAACAUCGUAACUCAUGGAGUAAAUCACAAACGGAGAGAAAUAAACGGAGGUAAAGCUUUGCAGUCGUCCUUCAUUCUACAAACCCUCACUGUAUCGCUCUCUCUUUCAUACAACCCUUCUUCGUGAAGUUCUCUUCCUACCUGACUGCAAAGUCUAUACCUGGUCAUUCAAACAACCCACCUUCCUACCAGCCAAUCAGAAUGUCACAGCUUCAGUUCCAGGCACCUGGCAACCCUGCGCCCAGUGCUGCCCCUUUACAGCUGGCCCCACCCCAACUCGGGUUCAGCAUUCCCUGCGCCGCUGCUCCUUUACCCUCGGAGAGUGCCAGUCACCCGCUCCGAAACUCCGCCCUGCCUUCCGCCUCCGCCACGCCCUUCUGCAACCCCACAGUAUCUAACAUGGCAAACCCUAAAGAGAAGACCCCUAUGUGUUUGGUAAACGAGUUAGCCCGUUACAAUAAGAUCCAACCUGAAUACAAGCUACUCAGUGAACAAGGACCAGCCCACUCCAAGAUUUUCUCAGUGCGGUUAACUCUGGGGGAUCAGCACUGGGAUGCAGAGGGGACCAGUAUCAAAAAAGCCCAGCACUCAGCAGCAACAUGUGCUCUCGCCCAAACCACUCUCCCCAAACCCAGUCACAGAAGCCCCCGCCACCCAGGUGGGAUCUACAAGGGCUCAGAGUAUAAUGUAACCCACACUGUGGAGCUUAAUGCACUUUGUAUGAAGUUGGGCAAGAAGCCCAUCUACAAACCUAUAGAUGCCUACCAGGGGAUGAGACCAGCAUUCAACUACAACAUCAGAGCACCAGGCCCUUAUGCACGCUCCAUGCAGCAUUAUUACUACCCAUUUCCUCCUGUGGGGCCAGUACUGUAUCAUAUGGAGCUGUCUAUCGGUGGACAACAAUUCCACGGCAAGGGCCGCACGCGUCAAGCAGCCAAACAUGACGCUGCGGCUAAAGCUAUCAAAUAUCUGCAGAACGAGCCAAUAAUGCAGCAACUUGCUGAGAUGAACGAAGAGCCAGUACAAGAAAACCUUAACAAAUCAGAGAUCAGCCAAGUGUUUGAGAUUGCACUGAAACGCAGCAUGCCUGUGAAUUUCGAGGUGCUAAAAGAGACUGGGCCUCCCCACAUGAAGAGUUUUGUGGUGAGGGUAACUGUGGGCGAGUUUUCAGGGGAGGGUGAAGGCAAAAGCAAGAAGAUCGCCAAGAAACUAGCUGCCAUCGCGGUCCUGGAGGAGCUCCGCAAACUGCCUCAACUACCUGUCACUGACAUGAUACCACUACGUAUUAAAAAGAAAAGCAAGUCCAUUAUUAAGGUAGAAGAUGACUUCGACUGGCUGGGUUAUAAUGUGUGCCCCCCCCCCAUUACUUUACUUUCUGUUUUACCUCUCAUUCAGGUGUCCGUUGGAGGUCAGAAUGCAGAGGGAAUGGGACCUAGUAAAAAAGUGGCCAAGCGAAAUGCAGCCGAGAAGAUGCUGGAGCUUCUGGGCUUCAAAGUGCCUCAGCCACAACCACCCAAACCGGCUCUGAAAACGGAUGAGAAGGCACCUGCUAAGAAACCUGGAGAUGGACGUAAAGUGACCUUCUUUGAGCCGGGCUCUGUGGAGAAGGCUGGUCUUGCAGUCAAUAAGGAGGAGGAUUUCAGAGUUCCCUUCCUUAGCCAUCAGCAGCUUCCUGCUGGCAUUUUACCCAUGGUGCCUGAGGUGGCACAGGCAGUGGGUGCCAACCAGGGACCCCAUGCCAAAGACUACGGUCGCACAGCUGCCCCCAACCCAGCCAACGCCAUAGUAACGGCCAUGAUUGCCAAUGAGCUGCUGUACGCCGGGACGUCCCCGACCGCGGAGGGUAUACUGAAGACCAACAACAGCUUGGCACACAGACCCCACGGACCCCUUACCAAACCAUCUGAACAGCUCAGCUACUUGGCCAUUGUACAGGGCUUACAGGUUGAAUACAAAGACUUUCCCAAAAACAACAAGAAUGAGUUUGUGUCUCUGAUCAACUGCUCCUCUCAGCCCCCUCUCAUCAGCCAUGGCAUCGGCAAGGAUGUGGAGUCCUGCCAUGACAUGGCUGCUCUGAACAUCCUGAAGCUCCUGUCAGAACUUGACCAGCAGUCCAAUGAGCGCACAGCUAAUGGACCAAUGACAGGGUGCAACAAACAAGACCUCAAGGGCGAUGCAUUAUUAAAACCGGCUAACUCAAGCACCAUCGGAAAGACUCUGGACGGCACAGUAUAGAAUUGACUCUUCGAUUGGUCGUUUUAUUUGCGAAACACUAGAGAAAAGUCAGAAGCAGAGUUUUGAUUGGCUGCUCAAAAAGGCCUUUUGAGUAAUUCUUAAUAGAUCUUAGAUUUAAAAAAGUUACAACAGUUAAACAAGGUCAAGAGAUGUGGAUGAUGUUAAAUCGUUCACACGCAGUGAUACAUUUUUAAACUCUAAGGCUUUGGAAAAGUCGCCUCAUCAUAUCCAGUGAAGUGGUGGUUUUGUUUUCGUCGUUAAAUUGUAAAAUGAUUAUCGUGAAGUUUGACUUGAGUAGAUUGGCUUUUCUUUGUUGCUCCAAGGACGUCAUGUUUUCAGUGUCAUGAUUUUUUGUUCUCGCUUUUAUUUUUCGUUUAUUUUUAAUGCUGUAUUAUAGGAACCCAGCGAGUUGGGUUGUGUUAGCGCUGUUGUGAAGUGCAGUAUAAAACAUCAUUGAAGGAUAUGAUGAAGCUCUCAAAUACGUCUAUGCUGUGGCGGUUUUUCUCCAGUGCUUUUUGAGUUACAAUGACGACCAUAACACUCACACAAAAAAAGUUUAAAUUUCGUCUACAUUUUCAUGUAGGUCUGGAAAAAUGUUGUUGUGACUUCAGUGUUGAGUGUGUGGUGGUGUUUUUUGUUGUGUAUGGAAGCGAGUGAGUGAAUGUUUGUUUCAAGCACGAUAAUCUUCAGUCAUGUCAAUUAAACUGAUGCAUUCUCCUAU